GUGCUUGAUGACGUCACAGGUCCGGUUAUUUAGUCCCAGCUGAGCUCAUGUGCAGUCUCACACACACACACACAGCAGAUCAUCAGAGAGUCCUCAACAAUGAUCAUGAUGGAGAUGCAGUAUAAUAAUAAUAAUGAUGGAUAUGUGCUGGAGGAGUAUAUGACACAGGAGGAUGAGUGGGACAGAGAUCUCCUGCUCGACCCCGCGUGGGAGAAACAGCAGAGGAAGACGUUCACGGCCUGGUGUAACUCUCACCUGCGGAAAGCAGGAACCCAGAUCGAGAACAUCGAAGAUGAUUUCAGGAAUGGACUGAAGCUGAUGCUUCUGCUGGAGGUCAUCUCAGGCGAAAGGCUUCCCAGACCAGACAGAGGCAAGAUGCGCUUCCACAAAAUAGCCAACGUGAACAAAGCUCUGGAGUACAUCACCAGUAAAGGUGUUAAACUGGUGUCCAUCGGUGCUGAAGAGAUUGUUGAUGGGAAUUUGAAGAUGACUCUCGGAAUGAUCUGGACCAUCAUCCUCCGCUUCGCCAUCCAGGACAUCACUGUAGAGGAAACGUCGGCUAAAGAAGGUCUUUUGCUGUGGUGUCAGAGGAAGACGGCUCCCUACAGGAACGUCAAUGUACAAAACUUCCAUUGCAGUUGGAAGGACGGUUUGGCGUUCUGUGCGCUCAUUCACAGACACAGACCUGACCUGAUCGACUACGCCAAACUCAACAAGGAUGAUGCUCUUGGAAAUCUGAAUCUGGCUUUGGAAAUCGCGGAGAAACACCUGGAUAUCCCGAAAAUGUUGGAUCCAGAAGACAUAAUCAACACCCCAAAACCUGACGAGCGAGCCAUCAUGACGUAUGUGUCCUGCUUCUAUCACGCUUUUGCUGGUGCAGAACAGGCAGAAACAGCUGCUAACAGGAUCUGUAAGGUGCUCGGUGUGAAUCAAGAAAAUGAGAAAUUGAUGGAGGAAUAUGAGCGACUGGCCAGUGAGCUGUUGGAGUGGAUUCAUCGCACAACGCCGUGGCUGGAGAACCGAACGCCAGAGAGCAUGAUGGCCGCUAUGAGACGGAAGCUGGAGGACUUCAGGGAUUAUCGGCGCAUGCACAAACCACCCAAAGUCCAGGAGAAAUGUCAGCUGGAGAUCAGCUUUAACACGCUUCAGACUAAACUGCGCAUCAGCAACAGACCUGCGUUCAUGCCCUCAGAGGGGAAGAUGGUGUCUGACAUCUCCAGUGCGUGGCAGGGUCUCGAGCAGGUAGAGAAAGGUUAUGAGGAAUGGCUGCUUAGUGAAAUUCAUCGUCUGGAGCGUGUGGAACAUCUGGCUGAGAAGUUCCAGCAGAAAACAUCCAUGCAUGAGAGCUGGGCACGGGGCAAAGAUCAGCUGUUAAUUCUGAAGGAUUAUGAGAGUGCAUCACUGAUGGAGGUGAGAGCGCUGCUACGGAAACACGAGGCGUUUGAGAGUGACCUCGCCGCACAUCAGGACAGAGUGGAGCAGAUCGCAGCCAUAGCACAGGAACUCAACGAGCUGGAUUAUCACGCGGCUGGCGUGAUCAAUGAGAGCUGUCAGCAGAUCUGCGAUCACUGGGAUCAACUGGGAACUUUGACCCAGAAACGCCGAGAAGCGCUUGAGAGGACAGAGAAGCUCCUGGAAACGAUCGAUCAGCUGUUUCUGGAGUUUGCCAAAAGAUCCGCUCCGUUCAAUAACUGGAUGGAUGGAGCCAUGGAGGAUCUGCAGGACAUGUUCAUUGUGCACUCAGCGGAGGAAGUUCAGAACCUGAUCUCAGGUCAUGAUCAGUUUAAAGUGACGUUACCGGAGGCCGACAGCGAGCGUCAAGCCAUUCUGAGCAUUUGUAACGAGGUGCAGAAGAUCGCUCAGAGUUACGGCCUCUCCGCCAACCUCACCAACAUCUACUGCACCCUCACACCGGAACAGAUCAACCAGAAGUGGGAGAAGGUGAAGAAGCUGGUUCCUCAGAGAGACAGCACUCUACAGGAGGAAUUAUCCAGACAGUAUGUGAACGAGAGACUGAGACGUCAGUUUGCUGCUCAGGCCAACAUCAUCGGACCCUGGAUACAGACACGCAUGGAGGAAAUCUCUCACAGUUUGGUGGAUUUGGGCGUAACGCUGGAAGAUCAGAUGACUCAAUUGAAACAAUACGAGCACGUCAUCAUCAAGUACAAACCAAACAUAGACAAACUAGAGGAGGACCACCAAGUCAUCCAAGAGUCUCUCAUAUUCGACAACAAACACACUAACUACACUAUGGAGCACAUCCGUGUGGGAUGGGAGUCACUCCUCACCACGAUCGCUCGCACCAUCAACGAGAUUGAGACUCAGAUUCUGAUGCGGGACGCUAAAGGCAUCAGCCAACAACAACUCAACAGCUUCAGAUCUUCCUUCACACACUUUGACCGGAAGAAGAAGGGCGGUAUGGAAACGGACGACUUCAGAGCCUGUCUGAUCUCCAUGGGUUAUGAUCUGGGGGAAGCAGAGUUUGCACGCAUCAUGUCACUGGUCGACCCGAACGGAUCUGGUGUGGUGCCGUUUCAGUCCUUUGUGGACUUCAUGACUCGUGAGACCGGAGACACGGAUACUGCCGAACAGGUCGUCGCUUCCUUUAGAAUCCUGGCCGCGGAUAAGCCGUACAUUCUGAUGGAGGAACUCCGUCGUGAGUUGCCCCCGGAGCAAGCGGAAUACUGCAUCUCCAGAAUGCCCCCUUAUACAGGACCUGAUGGAGUCCCGGGAGCUUUGGACUACACCGCUUUAUCUACUGCUCUCUAUGGAGAGAGUGACCUGUAGCUCUCCGGGGCAGAACCGCACCCUCGUUUAAAACUACAACACUGUCAUGUUUCAUGUUUUGGCCCUUUUAAAUGAAGUUAUUUGCAAUAAUAACAUCUUAAACGUGUGCUUAUACGCUGUGAAGCUUUACUGAGGAGAACGAUGUGCACAUUUACGGUGUGUUCAGUUUUAAACUAAAGUGUUUUAGGAGUUGAUUUAUGAUUUGCAUGAAUUAUACAGUGGGGUCCAAAAGUCGAAUAUCUGGGGUGCAUUUCAUUUAAACCUGGAAAUACAGUUUUUUGAAAAAGAACAAAUUUAAACAAAGAACAAUUAUGACUCAAAAUUAAGAAGAUUUGCUUCAGAUUCUGCACUUUUACUAGGUGACUAAUCAAAUGUAAAUUAAGAAGUGCCAUUGAACGAUUUUCCCCCCAAUUCGGAACGCCCAAUUCCCAAUGCGCUCUGAGUCCUCGUGGUGGCGUAGUGACUCGCUUCAGUCCGGGUGAUGGAGGACGAAUCUCAGUUGUGUCUGAGACCGUCAAUCCGCGCAUCUUAUCAUGUGACUCGUUGAGCGCGUUUCCAUGGAGACGUAGCGCAUGUGGAGGCUUCACGCUAUUCUCCGCGGCAUCCACACACAACUCACCACACGCCCCACCGAGAGCGAGAACCACAU